AUGGAUAUCCCUCGUUUGAGUCCGGCCAUUGCCGACGAUAUCGUCCCGGAGUUGGCCCAGAUCUUUGCUGACAAUCCCUUCAAGUCAUUGAGAGAUCGCAAGAUCAGAGUCCCCGUCCUUUGCGGUCCACAUGAGCAGGGUCCCACGGAUACGUACAUUAACAUCUUCGGACAAGAGUUCCGGACGCAUUCGAGUCUGCUCAAGCAGUACACACGGAUCUGGAAAGACCGGCAGCAUGGCGAGUUCCCUGCGCGUCAUGGACACCACUUUGAGGCCAGAACAGAGAAGGAUGGUGGAUGGGGAAUCUACCGGAAGGGGGCGAAGUACUAUCGCGAAUACCCGGCAUUGUCUGAAGACCGCAUACCGACUGCCAUUGAGACCUUUCAUUGCUUCCUGCAAGCAUUGUAUCUGAAGCCUGUGCCAUACAUCGGCGUCAGAGGUUGGCGGCGUAUGGUCACGCUAGGGAUACGCUUCCAGGCAGUGCCUCGAGUGCGCGAAUACAUUGAAAAGAUUAUUCUACCUUGGACCCUUACGGCUUCCCCGCUCGAUGGUCUCACCGACGACAUCCUCACCAACACCAAGUUGGCACAAGACAUUCAGUGUGCCCGGCUAUACCGCGAAUGUUUUAUUCAUCUGAUCGGAAUGGCGCAAUACUGGGGGAGAAGUGACUUCCAUCAUGCCGAGAAUAUGCUCAGCCCGAGUGCCUAUGCCUCCUUGAUCCAUCACGUCGCGAGUCAACGGCAAAUCAUCGAGAAAGCGGAUGUCGCCCUCCAUACCUUUAUUCAGACGAUGACGGUGCAGAAGCCGCGACGGAUUCCGAACUACUUGCUCAAGCAAUUAACAGACACGGUGGAUAACGUCACUGGCCUGAAUGGGCGCAACAUGAACUCGGUAGGGUACUAUAAGCAGAUACGUGAAGUUUUGAACGAUCUGCAAGUGCGAAUUCCGCGAGGGCCUAUGUAUAACAAGUGCCAUAGGCUAUGGCAGUUCAUUGGAUGUUUGUGUCUCAAUGGGCUCCAGUACACUGAGGCUCAGGUUAAGGGGUAUCCGGCCUUCUUCCUACCUUCGGAGAUUGAGCUGCCCUGGGAACUUGUCAGCCCACCCGAAGAGGAACCGAACGAGGAGGUCCCGGAAGGUAGAGAAGAAGAGGACAUCACCAUGCAAGAUUCAGCACCGGAUGUAUUGGUUUGA